GAGUGCGUAGCUGCCCGGAGCUGCAACUUCACGUAGCUGGUUGUCACUAAUUCGUACCAAUCAAAGUGGACGAACUUCGAUCGUGAAAGACCUUUCGGCUUGGUACUGCUUGUGCCGAUCGGAUUCCGGACCGGAUAAGUCGUCUCGGUUAUGGAGGUUAUGGAGAAGCUGGUGACGAGCAACGUAGCCUACUUCGGUGUGGCUGCGACAGCGCUUUUCGCUGGAAUCAUAGUUCUAGUGUACAGAAUGAAUCCAGGACCCAACUACGAGGAAGUGUUCAGAAAGCAACGCGAACAACUAAUGGCCAUGGAUGAGCCGAAACAAAAGAAGAAAGAGAAAGCCACGAAGAAGAAAGACAAGAGAGCGGACAAAAAAGAGCCGCAGCAUGCGAGCACGGCGUCCACGACCGCAUCUGCUCCCACCGCUGUCGCCACCGCGGACGAUUCUGUCAAGCAUGAUCACGUCGACUUCUCUGUGAAAGAGCAGAUCAAGUAUGUCGAGCUCGACGAGAUCCCCCAGGUGGAAACCGGCAAAGUGUUAGCGCCGAGCCGACAACCGGCAAAGCCCAUUCUGGUGCACUCAGAGGAGGAGAACAAGACUUCCCCGGUCACCGAAUCUGCAGGGGACCCGCUGAAGAUUGCGCGCUCAAACUCGUUCCGCGAAAUCAAGCCAAAAGACGAGGUAGAGUUGCACCACAAAAAGCAGCAACAGUCGCCGUCGAAGGCAUCGCAGACGACGGCUCCUACAGCCAAAGUUGCUCCCAUAUCUGUGUCUCACCAGCCGCAGCGUUUUACGCAGCCGAUUCUGGGGACUGAAGAGGAAUCCCAGCUCGUCUCUCAAAAGAAGCAAGGCGCAAAGGGUGAAGCUUCUGAAACUGGUUCUUCGAAGAAGAAUUCACCUGUCCACGAGAAAAAGGAACGUAAAGCCUUCUCCAAGAAGGAACUCAAGGAGCUCAUCAAUCAAAUCGAACAGAGGGAGCUGCCAGCUGACAUGGGCGAAGAAACCGUCCAGCGACUUGUCGAUGCUUUACUGAACCAUCAGAACGAGUCUAAGGAAUGGAAGUCUACCCGCCAGGAUCCUAUGCAGGUCCUUAGGAAAAAAAUUGCGGAGAAAGAGGAAGCAAUCGUUCAACUGAACACCAGUCUCGAAAGCUCGCGAGCUCGGAGCAGAGAAUUGCAUUCAGAGAACACUGCCCUGAAGACCAAGUGUAGCCAGAUUCAAAAUUCCGUAGCACAAAUAGAGAAUCGUUUCAAAGAUGAUCUGCUGCAAGCAAGGAGCAGCCAACAACAAGUGGAGUCACAGAUGAAACAUGUCGAAGCUUUCAAUGAGACUUUGCACGGCCGAGUUCGACAACUCGAGAUCAAGAACAAGGAGAUGGAGAAUUCGUUACGCGAAGCUCAAGAGCAAGUCCAUGCCUCGAGUCGUUUCGCUGAGAGCGUAGACGAGCUAAACGAGAGAAUCCGCACCUUGGAGCUGCAAGUCUCGGAGGUCACAAGCGUCAGAGACAAAUUGGACGCCGAGAAGCGGCAGAUCGAGGCGAAUUUGCAAACGGCAGAGUCCGAGCUCUCGAAAUUUAAGAGCAUUUCCGAGGAGGCUCACUUACAAGUUGCAUCUCUGAAGAAUGACCUCUCAGGUGCUAGGAGCACAUCACAAGACGCGAAUCGUUUAUUAGAAGAGAAAGCCGCCCUACAGGAGGAGCUCGAGCAGCUCAAGACCAGAAAUACCCAGCUGCACCAGAAGAACUGGACCGCGGUUGAAGGCCUAAUCCAGGCCGAGAAGAAACUGAGCGAGUUGCAGAAGAAGACGUCUGAAGACGAAGAAAGGAAUAGGAAGUUGUUGAUUCAAGCCUUCCCCAAAGAAGCGGCUGGCGAUUUGAAGGAUCUUGAUGGUGACGAGUUUGUGAAAAAAGUUGUCCAGCAGUUGAAAUUGCAAUCGAAGGAGACUGAGAAACUCAAAGCCGAGAACAGCUCUCUUAAGACCAAGCUCUCCGAAGCGGUCUCCGCCGCUCAAGCUGCAGCGACUGCUGCGGCGACUGUUACGGUGGCGAGUGCUGCCCCUCCUGCGGCAUCGGUCGCGUCGCUUCCCGAGGCAGAAGUCAAGUCGAAUUCAGCCAACGAUGAAGCCAACGAAGAGAUCGAACGUCUCCGCGAGGAAGUAUCGAAGCUCCAGAAAGAUGUCGCUCAUUAUACCACAGUGCUCAACGAUACCGAGAAAUUACUGAAGAAUUUAGAAGAGGGUGUUGAGAGAGAAGAACAGAAAUGGAGUGAGGAUCGCAAGCGAUUCGAGUCCGAGAAGACGGAGAUGACGAUGGCGUUCCGGGACCUGGAAUCGAGACUCAGAGAGCUCCAAGCUCAACUUCAGGAUUCUGAGCAAGAGAGGAGCAGUACUAUCAACGAGCUCGACGACACUAAAGCUGCAGUUGACAAGCUGAGCCAACAAUUGGCCGAGGCUCAGCAAGCGGUCCCACCUGCACAAGCUCAGCGAAACGGUCACCAAUCGGAGGACUCCACGACUACGUCGCCAACGCCGAGCGCUCAGCAGAACGGUGGAGGUCACGAUGGGGUGAGUAAGUCACGCCUGGCUUUGCCGAAGCUAGCCGUAGUGUAUAACGACAUCGAAGACGUAGUUGACGCAAUGUUGAACAUAGGCAUAGGUCUAGAUGCACGGAACUCGCCCUGA